UUCAUAAAGUUUUUUACAUUUUCAUUCCAAUUAUUAUUGAAUUUGAUUACGAAACACUUAUGGUGCAUGUUAAAAAAAAAGGAUUUUGUAAAUCAAUUUGUAUAUAAUGAAAAUACUUUGUCUCAUAUUACAUUUUUGGAUCUCGUUUGUAAUAUGCAGAGACUUUUAUAUUGGCAUGUUUAAACAUGAUGAUUAUUUAGUAGCACAAGAUGUUGUGUUUAAGGACGCUAACCCGUUUGGGUAUACAAUGGCGAGCUAUGGGAGGUUAUUUAAGUGUCCAAUAACUUUCUUCAGGGUAGUCGACCGUCUAGGCAUGGGUCGAGGACCUUACACUACAGUUGUUCGUGGAGGUCUUGGAAAGAAAUAUAUAAAUGUGCGCAUUAGAUCAACAUAUAAACUACCUGUUUCUGUCAAUAUUUAUGUCGGCUGUGAAAACAAGGAGCCAAGAGUUGUGAAAUUCCCUAAGCAACCACCAAAAGCUAGGACCAAAGGAACCGAGAAAAACGAGCCGACAACAACAACAGACUCGUCUAGCAAGAAUGAAACUUCGCCAUCAGACCCGUCUUCUCGGAACGAAACGGACCCGGCUGCCCCGGACCCGGCUAACCCGGACCCGGCUAAUCCGGACCCGGCUAACCCGGACCCGGCUAACCCGGACCCGGCUAAACCGGACCCGGCUAAACCGGACCCGGCUAAACCGGACCCGGCUAAACCGGACCCGGCUAAACCGGACCCGGCUAACCCGAACCCGGAUAAACCGGACCCGGUUAACCCACCACCAGGAAAUUAG